AUGAGACUCGCGGCGUUGGUACAUAUUUUGUUAUGGCGCUGUGCGACUGGACGUUUGCCUCUGCAGUCCGUAAGACCGCAUCGCGAUGUUGUGACGACGCAAGGUUUGGUAAGAGGUUACCUCUUCCCGAACCCACCCCACUAUGCCUUCCUGGGCGUCCCUUACGCCCGCCCGCCCACGCGUUACGACAGGUUUAAGGCUCCAGAACCUCCACCUCACUGGGACGGCGUUUUCGAGGCGACCCACCGUAUCAAGUGUCCCCAAGUAGACGAGGAUGGAGUAGAGAACUGUCUAGUAAUCAAUGUGUUCACCCCGGAGCAUGUUACAUCCCUGCCAGUACUUGUACAUGUUCACGACGGAGAUUUUCAAAAGGGAUGGGGAUCAUAUAGAGCGCCGUCAAGUCUUCUUCAGCAAAAUUUGAUAAUUGUGACGUUUAACUACCGUCUUGGAGCUCUUGGAUUCCUUUGUCUUGGAUCCGUUGACGCACCAGGAAACGCUGGCUUAAAAGACCAAGUAGCGGCGCUCUACUGGGUUCAAAGAAACAUCAAAAAAUUUGGUGGAAAUCCUACGGACGUCACUAUUUAUGGAACAGGCUCUGGCGCAGUGGCAGUAGAGUUGCUGAUGGUAUCCGGUUCGACAGUGGGACUCUUUCAUCGAGCAAUUUUGGAGUCCGGCUCGGCUUUAGCACCGACAUCUGUGUCCUACACGCCAUUUGUAACUGCGCUAGAAGUCGCAUCAACUUUAGGGUAUGACGGUGAAGGCAAACCGGACGAUAUAGCGAAAUUUUUUCAGCAAGUCCCUUUAAAUACUUUAGUGAACGUUACCGAAAUGUUCUUGCCGUGUAUCGAGCGAGAUUCAUCCAGCAUUAACAGCUUAUUGGAAAUGGACCCAGUCGAUAUAUUAAAGGACGCACAUUUUUAUCAUGUGCCACUCAUGAUCGCAUACACUAAUGCAGUUGAAGUCAAAAUCAUCUCAGACAAUAUACAAAGGUUUAACGUUAUACCCGACAAUUUUGAAAAUUUGUUACCGAAUAACCUGAAGUAUGAAAGCGAGGUUUUCAAGCACAAGCUUGCGAAACUUGUGAAGGAGUUUUAUUUCGGUGAGAACGAGGUGGGCGACAGUUUGAUUCCUAAUUACGUCGAUUACGUAAACGACAUUUUUGUUGAAUAUCCCGUAAUCAAGUCGUCAAUACUACACGCAAGAGCUUCUCAACCAGUAUAUCUGAUGAAGUUUACAUAUAGAGGUAGCAAGAGUAGUGUCAAACAAGAGGAGAUACCAGGCGCCGGACACGGUGAUAUUUAUAUGUACAUAUUUUCAAAUGAAAGAUUGAGCGGAGAUGAAAAACAAAUUGCUGAUAGGCUGGUCACGUUGAUUACUAACUUCAUAAAGAUGGGAGACCCAACUCCACUAACAACUAGCCUCAUACCAGUGAUAUGGGAGCCAGUGCCCACGCCACAGGACUUUGAAGGUAAAAUAACAGUGGUUCCAUAUUUGUUAUUUGACAGGUCGUUAACAAAUCAACUCUUACCUGGCCAGCAGCUAUUAUUUUGGGAUCAUAUAUACAGCAAAUUCUAUAAGAAACAUGUGAAUGUUUGA